AUGCUGGCCCACAUCCAGGGCCUCCGGCAGCGGCGGCGACGCGACCGCGACGGGCGCCAGUCCUCGAGCCGAUCCGACCCGAGCUCCUCGGGCAGCCAACGCGGCAAUGAGGCGGCCACGGCUGCGGCGGCCGCGGCGGGUGCUCCCCUUCACACGGCAACGACUGCGCACGGCGGGCCGCUCGACACGGACUGGGCGGACGAGCAGUCGUCGCAAUGGACGCUGCGGAUCGUCACCGGCCGCGAAACCGGUUCCAAACGCGGCCGCAGCGAGGACGCGUGCGGCAGCCAGCCGGCGGGCGGCGGCGGCUGA